GCCAAACUUGGCCGUCAACUUAGAAAGAAUCAAAGUACGAAUGAAGUCGCUGGUAGUAGUAGGCGGACUGGCAAAGUUAAACGGCCACACAAACUCGUCCCCCUUCAAUUCGGCAAUUCCUCCGCCUCCACGGAUUGCCGGCCCGGCCGUUUCAUCCUGCACUACUCCAUAGUCCAUACCAUCCUCCGAUUUAUGAAGCUCGGGUGUCUCGGUCCUUUGUGUGAAUCCUUUCCCGUCUUUACAAUCCACACCCCUUUCUCCAGCUGAGUGAAGAACCACGUUUCAUUCUUCCGCCGGUCAAUUCGAGGUCAACCCUUCAAUUCCUUCCGCUCCACUCGAUUAACAGCUCGGUACCGUUUAGUUUCGUAUGCUGUUUUUUCCCUUUCGCAUUUCUACUUGUUCUUGCACGUCCCAGCGACCUGCUUCAUUGAUUCCCUGUGCCACAACUUGUGUGAAUAGUAGACGAUUGUCAAUCAUAAGGAAAGGUUGUUCUGGGUCGUGAUUUACUCAUGAUCCUUCAGUUUCUAUAUAAUAUGCAUUAACUUGAAAGAGGUUUAGGCAAUUUUGAGGCAAUUUUGAUUAUGUGGGUCGUUUAGAUGAAUGAGACCCAGAAUGGGGAUUUGUAGAACCGAGUUACUUAGGAGAGAGAGGUAUUAGAUUAUAGUUUCCAGGAGAAGUAUUUAUAUUUUGGGUAGGAAAAAGGACAGAGAGGGCUGAACCAAGGAUGAAAAGAGAAGGAUUUCAGGCCUAUAAAUUUGAAUAUUCUCGUUCGUUUAAUAUUAUGAGACGAUUGGAACGCAAAUAGCUUGUUAAUGUACUCUAUUAUCAUGCAACGUUUUAGUUUCUUUAGAGUAUUCGUUCUGUUUAGUUAUUGAGUUAGAAAAGCCAUUCCUCCAGAUUUUUGCCUCCUGACAGAUUUUGCAGGGUUCUUCAGAAGGAUAACUAUAUACUUUAGUUGUUUUGUUUCUCUGGAUUUGUUAUCUUGCGUUAUCUCUGAUCCUUUUUGCUGGCAAUCGGUCGAUCAUCCCAGGGUGAUGGAGGGAUAUGAUGAAAUCCCCAUCUUGAGUUCGGACGGCCAGAAGGAUAUAGAGAUGGUCAUCCCUCCCAACGAAAAGACCAUCUCUGAUGUGGAUUCCCGACCAUCCAGCGGAUGCGUUUGUGCCUUCUCCAAACAUGUAGAUGAUGUUCAUGAAUUAGAGGAUAGAUCCAAGGCAGCUGUAAAACUAUCUGGGCUGAUGAUUUUCUAUUUGAUGGUUAUGACAGUUGAGAUUAUAGGUGGUGUAAGGGCCAACAGCCUUGGAGUUAUCACAGAUGCAGCACAUUUGCUCACCGACGUAGCUGGCUUUGCUGUAUCGCUCUUCACAGUGUGGGCUUCGGGUUGGAAAACCACUUCAGACCAGUCUUUCGGGUUCAGUCGCCUUGAGGUCCUUGGGGCCCUGCUCUCCGUACAACUCAUCUGGCUCAUCUCUGGAGUCCUAAUCUACGAGGCAGUGAACAGAAUCCUUCACAAGCAAGCAGAAGUCAAGGGUGGACUCAUGUUUGGGAUUGCUGCAUUUGGGUUCAUAAUCAACUUGAUCAUGGUCAUAUGGCUUGGUCAUGAUCAUCACGGUCACGCCCACGAUCAUGGUCAUAGUCAUGAUCAUAAUCAUCACCAUCACAUUCAUGAUCAUGAUCAUAACAUGAACCAUUUGCCUGCUAGAAAAGAAGACCAGGUAGAAGAGUCAGAGUUGGACCUGGUGUUAGGGUCUCCAAAAAAGGCCAAGUUGCUGAACAUCAACAUCCAGGGUGCUUAUCUUCAUGUAAUGGCUGAUCUAAUCCAGUCUGUUGGAGUAAUGAUCGCCGGAGCAGUCAUAUGGGCGAAGCCAGAGUGGUUGAUUGUUGAUCUUAUCUGCACCCUGGUGUUCUCCACGUUUGUACUGUUCACAACAUUGCCUAUGCUCAUGGAUAUCUUCAACAUACUUAUGGAGAGGACCCCACGCGACAUAAACCUAGUCAGACUGGAGAAUGAUCUGAAGUGCAUCAGAGGGGUUCGAGAAAUCCACGACAUCCACGUCUGGUCUAUGACAGUCGGUAAGCGGGUCCUGACUUGCCAUGUGAUAGCCGAGCCAGAAGCUAGCGCCAGGGAGAUGGUCAAUAGGAUUAAGGAUCACUGUGAGAAAAUGUAUGGCAUUUGUCAUUGUACAUUCCAAAUUGAGGUCUAAGGAAACAACCUGUAAAACAUUUUUUUAUCGUUUGGCUUUACAUAGCCCAUUGACACAAGUUUUGUUAUUGCGGCCAAGGGAAGGAGCUGUUUGAUUUCCUCAAUCAUUUGAAUUUGGAUCAGUGUAUGUAUAUAGCUGCAGAUGUGGUUUGACAACCCGGAUAUGUUGUUCAUAGAGUCUGUGAGAAUGUGUUCAUAACACCUUGGGUCCGUCAGAUUGGGGAGAGCGCUAUGAGCACCUGUGAGCACUAGGGGUGACCAAAAUGAACCGUUACUAGAUUCACCCGUCCAAUCCAAUCUAGUCAAAUUUACCGCUAAAAUUAAAUUUUAAAAUUGGG